GUUAAUGAUUUGUAAAUGGCUUUCUCUUCUGUAAUUCCAGUUUGUCGAUAUAUCAGCUGCCUCCAAAUCGUAGACCCAAGACAUUUAAAUCUUGCCAUGACUUGCAUUCACAUAAGCGUGUAUGGAACAGGUAAAAGGCUUUUUCAAUACAGCAGUGGUUGUGCUAGGUUUUAAAGUAUUUUAAACCCAGGAUAUGCCCUGCUACUAAUUAUGACUACCUGCUCCACAUAAACAGUAGGUAUACCCCGUAGUUGGACGCCUGUCAACUUACGACAUUCGGGGUGAUUAAAUUAGGAGUCGCCACAUUAAAGCUUCUUCUACGUAUGGGACAGCUGAAUAUUAAGUUUGUUGUGAGAAUCUAUCAUUUGGAGGAUCUUUUUUCUUUAAUUCUGUUGUGAAAUCUUUCUUUGGAUUAUUUAAUAACACAGGUUUGAAGGACAAGUAAGGGAUGGUUUAUAAAGGAGACUAAGGCAUGGGUUGACAGAAGGAGGAGGAAAGAUAAAAAACGAGAACAGACUUGAAGACUCGACCAGUGAUGGACGUGAUGGAGGAAGUGGAAUAUACACAGGAGUACGCUCAGUAUGAUGAGGAAGACGAGGAGGAGUUACCUCCCCUUAACGAGGGCGACGAAGCCGUCAGUCUGUACGAUAUAUUGGUGGAGCGAGAUAAAUGUUUGUCAGAGGAGGAGUUAUGGGCCCUGUGUCGUGAGUGUUGUCUGGUGCUGGAGGUGGUCAAUAACUCCCCCGAGAUGUUCCAGACUCUGUGUGUCACCCCUGACACAGUGGCUUUUGAUGGAGCGGGUAACGUCUGCUUCCUGGACCUUGACAGAGAUCCCGAAUCUCUAUAUAUACCUCCGGAGUACGACAAUGUGGGCAAUUCUAUCAAGUCCCACCUGUUUUCCCUUGGGAUGACCCUGCUUUAUGCUGCGGAGUACAAUGGAGAACCUGGCCAGCAGAUUUGUUCGGAGCUUCGGGAACUGUUUGGGUGUAUGACCUCUGAGCACCUGGACACGCGUCCAGACCUCGAGUCCAUUAUAACUCAGUGUGAGGAGGAGCUCUGUGGGAAAUCAUCGCAGGAGAUAUGUUGUGGAAUAGGAGGAUUCGCCGCACCAUUCACCCCAGCUCCUGAUGUAUCAUCAAUAACUAGUUAUACAGAUGUAACAGAGGGACUUGCCAACUACUUAUCUUCUCAGUCUUCCAUAGUACCCGGUGUAGUCUCAGAACCACUUAACAGACCUCAACAACACUCUACCCCCUCUGAAUCCCCUCCCCAGAGACAGAGAGAAAUAGGAUCCCCCCAUAGCCAGGAGGAGGAAGUAGAGAAUUCUGACUUUACUGAGAGUGAGGAAAUGCCGAUGCGGGGGAUGUUAACAGGGAUGCCCCUCCCCACAGGGAACAGGGAGAGGAAAUCUAACACCAGGGGUCCCAGCAAACAAGGACUUAAUUAUAGUUCUAACUUAAUUCCCAAUAAUUCCAGUGAAAAAAUUCCAAAGGAUAUAAACUUGAAUGUGAGUGAAUCUAGUGAGAUUUCAAGUGAUUCUAAGACAAGUGAGAGUGAAAUGAAAGUGACGGUGACAGCAGAAAUAAAAAAUCGGGUUUCACCCGAAAAACCCAAACCUCCGUUACCAAGGAAACCGAGCUUAAAGGAACAGGUGACUAUAUCUAAUAAUGACUCAGGAAUGAUUGUUGAUGAAGAAUCUAUUCUAUGUGAAAAGCCAAAUGGUAUGGACAACAGUGGUGGACAUUUCAGUACGAACACUUCCAAACCUGACCCAGUGGAGAUGUUCUCCCCCAAGGUGUUAGAGCCUCAAAGUGAAAGUUCAAAGGACUUGAUAAGUUCGACCUCGAUGAAACGGACCGAGUCCUCUGGAAUCAGUGGUUCUGAAACAAGGCCAAAACGCUCCAAGAAAAAACAGGGUCUGACAGUAAAUGAGGUCCUGGACUCCCUCAAUAGGGGGCUGACAGAGGAGGAACUGUGGGCACUAUGUAGAGAGGGGACCAUAGCACUGCAGAGGAAGAAGAAACAUCUACCUGCCUACAUUUCACCAGACACACUGGUUUUGAGAGAAAAUGGUAACUUAUCAUUUAAAGCCAUCCCUGAAGACAAGCCAUUGGAGGUGAUCUUUAUGGCGCCAGAGUUACAGCAAAGAGGGAAUCUGUCAGACAAGACAUGCCUGUAUGGUCUUGGAGUAACUCUUCGGUGUGCGGGUGGUAAUAAAUACUCGCCUAUAUCAGCCAUGGCUGUGUCAGAAGAGUUCCAGUCCCUGCUGGAGGACUUGACAAAGUCAGACCCAGCCAAACGACCCUCACUAGAGGCUGCUCAACAGAGAUGUGAUAACUUUGAAGGAGUCAACAGUUCCACCUCAAAUAUUGUCUGCAAAAACCUCUUCACAGAGUCUUUUACAAAAAUGAUGAAUGGAACCAAUAAUGAAGAAAAAGAGCCAGAUGUAGCAGAGGAGUCAGUGCCUGUAAAACCAGCAGAGACACCAAAAUCUAAACCUAAACCUCCCCCUAAGCCCCCGAGUCCCAUGAUAUCCGCCUUCCGUCCGAUUAAAGGACCAAUCACAAAACCUCAGAUAGGGUCCUCAUCCUCCAUGUUUGCUCCAGUGGCAGUGAAACCCAAGACUGAGGGCAAAGGACAGAUGCCUUCAGCCUUUACUUCCACGGCGACUCAUUUUAAGCCAAUCAUUCUCCAUAAAACCAGUUCAUCCCCUCCUCCUCCUCCUGAGGAAGAGAAGAAAGCAGAUGUAGCUAAGGAGCAGAGCAAUGAUAACGACAAGGAGGUGGUGAGAAAGUUAAAGGAGCUGAAGAAGAACCUGAUGAAGCACAGGCAGCCAGUGAAAGACGCUGAAGGAGAGGAGAAUCAAAAGGAGCAGCAGACGACAGCUGCCAAGUCUUCCAGUGAGAGGAAGGAGUCAGAGGAGAAUGUUCAGAUGAAGGCUAGCAAUGCAGGCUCCCUGGACAAUCUUCUGUCAGAGCUCCAGAAACAAGGCAGUGUGCCUGAUACACAGUCACUGGCUGCAGCCAUUGCUCAACACCUGGCAAAAAACUUACAGGGCUCACAACAAUCAAAUGCUGGGCAAGGAAAGGAUGUUCCCCAACAGUUAGGCGGACAAGGCCCCAUGUCAACAGCAGCAGCUCCUAACAUGAAUCAAAUGUUUAACAUGCAUUUAAAUCAACAGAUGUCAAAUUUUCCUCCUCAGUACCAGCAGCAGUUGAUGGGACAGACCAUGACUCUGCCCUCCAUGGGUCAGUUUGGGGGGUCCAUGAUGCCAGGUUAUCCCAUGCAAGUCCAGCUUCAGCAGGAUCCAAGAACCGGUUUGUUCCAGAUGGUUCCAGUUGGCAUGGUAACUGUUAACUCAGCUCCAGGGAGUCAAGCCAACUCAGAUGAGUUCAACAAUAUGGAGGAUGUAACUCGCAUGAGUGACCCUGGAAGAAGUCCCAAACCAAGACCCAGACAUCUAAGUGGAGAAUCGUCAAGAGAUGUGCCAAAACAGAAGCAGGGCAGACAUGGACGAACGGCCAAAGAUUUAGUGCAGAAGACAGCAAACAUCAGGUCAAAGAACCUCCAGCAACAAAACACAUCAAACCUCUCUAGUCCUCUAGGUUCAAAAGAUUACGAUUCAAAACAAUGGUCUUCCAACCAAGCGUCAGAUAAACAUUCUAGUCAGACUAGGGCAUUUAAUGGGGAGAGUGGCCAGCCCUCUGACCAGUAUAACUCUCUUCCCAGAAAACACAGUGUGCCCCUCAAUCUGUCCUCAGGUGACUAUCACUUACACCCUCAGUCUCAGAGAAUCAGGUCCAACACAUCUUCCCCCUCCCCCUCCAAGGACAGUGGUGUCAGUGGAGUGAACGGUGUGUACAAGCCGCCUGAUCCAGGCAGCCUGAUGGAUCGUCUGCUCAACAGCAACACGAGUCUAACACAGCAGCAGAAGAUGGGGCGCCUUGUUCACCUCCUGAGGGAGGAGUUUGCAUUUGAUGGGUAUAUGGAAAAUGGAGUAGAAGAUAUUAACAUGGCUGAAUAUGUCAUGUCCCUUGGGAGCCUGAAGUGGGAGACAUUUUCCAGUGCUAUAACAGAGAAGUACUCUGACAUGUACUGGAAAGUGGACUUACUCGUGUCUUUGUUUGAAGCCGUGAAUGGAAUUAAACCUGCAAUUCUCAAUCAAUCACAUGUGCCAAACAGGAAUGUCAUGCAGUCAAAUGAUACAAGGUCAUUGAAAGGUUCAAGCUUCAGACAGGGUGAUGACCCAGAUGGCUCCUCCUCCAGCAUGUCGGAGACCAAUCAGGAACAUGCUUACAGAAAUCAAAGGGGUGAUAAAGCUUUUAACAGGACUGGUGAUAGGCUAGGAAGUCGUCCACAGUCUGUGAAUGCAUUGCAAGAAAACUAUGAUACUUCUGAUUCUACUGACAAUGAAAACAUUGGAAAUAGAAGGAGACAUCGCAAAAAACAUUUUGAGAAAGCCAAGAGUUCUUCCAUGCACAAUCUUGCCUGCAAUGCUACCUUCACAGUGGCUCCAGACAGUGACAAUAUUGUUGAUGGAAGUGUUCACGGAAAUGCUCAACCAGUCAGCGCUGAAGAUCAAAAUACUCAUAAUGUUAAUCGCCGAUUAUCCUUACCUCAGAGGGGACUCUCUCCACACGAUUCCUUUCAUUCAAACUCUGGUGCCAGUCACUCUGGAUCUCAUACACAGCCCAACCGUUCCUCAGAAACCCUCCCCAAACGAAAGUCCCAAAACGAUCAAGACGGCCCACACUUGAUUCAUGUUCAAAGUCAGAAAUCAGACAUUUCAAAACACUACCGCAAAAAUCGGGGUGCAGAGCAAGGUAGCUUGUCCUCUCGCAGCAGCAGCAUGUCAGAUGUCCGCGGCGGCACCGCCAAACUGACGCGACACAUGUCACAGUUAUCUCUGAGUGAGGAGAAGCAGGAGACCCUGACGCCGUACAGACGGAACCAUAUUCUGUUUCAUUACGCCAUGAUGCAGCUCAACAUGUCCAAAGACUUGGAGAGGUUUCUUCAAGACAUUGAUGAGGAAAAUGCUGAAAGACUGCAAAUACAGCUGGCAAACCUAGAUCAGCAGAUUAUGAUGGAAAGAAGGACAAAAAGAAAAACACAAGCUUUCUUCAACAGAUUGACAGACAGUCAGAAAGGGGCCAAAGACCAGAAGACCACAGUGUCUAAGGAUCUGGAGGAGAUGAGUCAGAAGAUCCGCUAUCUACAGCUGUGUAAGAACCACAUCGAGACGUUACAGACGGAGCUGGACAGCAUCAACUCCACCUUCCUGUACUCCCUCAGUACCCCCCUCGCUGACGCACCACUCAGGUUAAAGCCCCAGUGUGAUAACCCACUGCUUCAGUUCCAGACCCUCAGGGAGCCACAGACCGGCUGUGAAAUCCAGGUGGUGCAGGCCGGCACCACCGAGGGACUCAUGUCUUAUCUGUUUGCUUCAACUGCUCUAAGUUUUGGAUUUGUACAUCAGUUUUUCUUUGGUUUCCGUUACUUUGCCACCCCAGUAUCUCUCCUGGAGUUCCUGACGACCAGGUUUUCAGCUAUUGCCAGAACUAAGGCCCGUGAAGCUAACUUACAAAGAAUACAGAGAAGAGUGGUGGAUCUACUGCACUUCUGGGUGGAGGGAUUCUAUCCUGUAGACUUUGAAGACAAUGAAGAGCUGAUAAAUUCACUGCAAUUCUUCAUUGAGGAACAGAACUUAGCUACUUUUUCUGAGGAAGGCAAAAGGCUGCAGGAGUUACUUGCCCUUUGUAUAGAGGGUAACAGUAGAGACCUUCUGACCAGCGUUACUGUGGGAGAAAAUGUCCACGUGUAUAAACAGAAUGGCUCAACAAAGAAGUGGGAUUCUUUAAAGACCAUAGCACCAAAGAGCAGCAGUAAGGACCCGGCCUGUAUGAAGUCGGGGUUCUCUGUGUGUUUGGAGAAGCGGCGGAACAGUCACCACAUGGAGGAGGUCUACUUCCCUAAGAUGGCGCGCCGGACGGACGCCUUCACGCUGGCCGACUACACCUCCCAGUGUAUCGCGGAGCAGCUGACCCUGAUAGAACAGGGCAUUUUCCAGAUGACCCACCCUGUCCAUUACCUCAACUCUAAAGCCCUGGGGGUCAGUGUGGCCCUCACCAUGUCAGGGACUCGCACACCUUCUAUACUCAGGUUGAAUAACGUGGAGGAUCAGUCUUUGCCGGGAGGGAGCAGUUUGUUUGAGUCAGAUAUUUGUGAGGACCCUGCCAUACAGAGGAUGAUUGACCAUUCCAGAGACCUCUCACACUGGGUGGCCGCCGAAAUCGUCAGCUGUAGCUCAUCAAAGAGUCAGGUGGCGGUGUUGACCCGAUUCCUUCAUGCCGCCCAGCUGUGUAAGGAGAUGAGGAACUACGCCUCCUGUCUGGCGAUCGCGGAUGGUCUGGAGAACAUCAUCAUCAAACAGCUCCCGGCCUGGAAGAAUCUCCCCAGUAAAUCCUACGCCGUGAUGGAGGAACUGAAAUCAGUCAGGAUGUUUUUGAAGAAUGAUGCCAUGUCCUUAAUGAAGCAUGCAGACUGCCAUCUGUAUCCCACAAUUCCCUCUGCUCUGCUCUUCCUCCUUCAUGUGCAGCAGCAAGAAAUUGGAAGCUUUAAACUGGCCAAUGACAUGGUCAAGUGGAGCAAGAUUAGAACCAUCACCCAAACCAUUGACCAGAUUCGCAUUUUUAAAGACCAGGUGUACGGGUUUGAGCCAGAUUACGAGAUGCAGGACACCUUGAUGCAGAGGGUUCGGGAAUUCAGUUCACAAGACAUUCAAAGUAUCGCCUCACAACAUGACACUAACUACCACAAAAUUCCCAGCAGUGGUGGAAUUAGUGCAGCCUUCCGUAAAAUGAAAGGGAAAUUCCAGUCCAAGUAGAGGAGGAAGGAGAAGGGAACGUCAAAUCUUUGUAGGAGUUAAAGGAAGUCUCUGCCCCAUUUAGAAUGGUUUAAAGGCCCAGCACAAUGUUUUGAUUGAUGAGUUAAAUGAAUGUUUGUGAGAGGAACUCUGAAAACUUCCUGUCAUUUCCAACCCUUAUAAAGACAGGGAAAUAGGCAUUAACAUUUUUAUUGCAACUGUAUGUAAAUUAUCUUGUACCUGGGGAGAAAUAAUUGUCUGGGUGUAGGGUAUACACUAUACAAUGAAUCUGAGGUCGGAAUAAGUUGAUAGAAGGGAGAGCUUCUUGUUAUACAAUUACAGCUUGCAAUCCUGUAUUCUGAUAUUGCUUUAAGCCAUGUAGUGAUAUUAAAAUAUUUUAUUUUUGAUUUCGUUAUAUGAGUUGAUGUAAUUAACAAUUGUCUUAAGAGGGUAUAGAUAGGAUUGGAUUUCCACUGCUGUUAAAUCUUGCCCUGUUUUUUUUUAUUUAUGAAUGUAUACAAAAGUAUAAAAUUUGUGCCAAAGUUAUAAUGUAUAUGAUUGUUUGCAAUAAUUAUUUUUCUUUGUCAUUAUAUAAUAGUUCACUGAAUGCAAUACUUUGUUUAUGUAAGCGGAAGAAAAACCAAAAACGGUCAUCAAGUUUAGAAAAUUUCAAGAUCAGAUUAUCAAAGAAUUGUUUUUUAAUUCUAAGUCUUGACUCAAUAAUAGAAAUUAAGAUAGGAGAAUGAAUUUAGUGAAUGUUUACUGAAAAUGUCAGUUUUCAAAAGGAAAUGUGUUUAAAAUAUUUAAUUUUCUUCUAUUUGUUUAAAGGAUUUCAAUCAAUUUCAGUUAUCUAACUGCCCAUCUGCAUCAGCUGAAAUAAAGCACAUUAUUCUGAAUACCAUU